AUGACCCCGAUGCAGGGGUCGGUGCGAGACCCGGACGCCGUGGUGAUGUCCAGGAUCACGAAGGUCAAGGCCGAGCUGUCGCGGGGGGACAAGAAAAGGUCCACGAGUCGCGGCGAAGGAGGCGCGCAGGAGGAGACCCUCGAGGAGUUCGUAUCGACGAACAAGCUCUGCAAGCGGAUAGAAGAGGAACUCCUCAAGUUGACGAAGGCGCAGCAGGGCACCGUCAUGGGUACGGACGGAGGCCGGAACGGCUUCGUGCUGCUCGGCGUGGUCCGGGACCCCGACGCCGUCGUGCUGUCGCGGAUCAACAGGGUGAAGGCCGACGCGGCCGGCGGCACGCGGGCCGCCGCCGCCGCCCCGGCGCGGCGCGACCAGCGGCGGGGCCGCAGCCGCAGCUACAGCGACUACUACGACGACUACUCCUACACCCCCAGCCCAGAGGCACCGGAGGGGAGCACGAGAAGAAGGCGAGGGAGAAGAAGCCGCGGAAAGAGAAGAAGGAGCACAGGCAUGGCAAGGAGAGGCGGCGGAGGAAGAGGUAGCGCCGCCGCUGGCGCAGCUCCGAUGCCGACCCUCGCCAUCCGGUCGGGGCGGUGCCCGGGGAGCGGAGCGCCCCGGAGCCCGUGGGCGCCCGCGGCGGCCUGCACUGACCGGGGGGCCCCGGGCGGUGUUGGAGCCAGCCGUCGGUGCGCGCGGUGGCGCCGCGCCUCGCGGGCCGGGGGCCGGCCGCCUGCAGGCGGGCAGACCGCGCACAGGCAGCCUCCCGCGAGGUGAUGGGGAAGGACGCGAUGACAAAAAACCUGGACAUCGCAUGUAUAGGGCUGCCAGAUGGGCAGGCCGCGGACGGGCAGCCCGCCGAGGCUGCGAGAAAAAAAGCACGCUGACCAUGCCCAGGAUGUCACGGGAUCCCGGACCCCCC